ACAGAGGCUUCAUGGACAUCAUGGACAUGCCAAACACCAACAAGUACUCCUUCGAUGGGGCCAACCCGGUGUGGCUGGACCCCUUCUGCAGGAACAUGGAGCUGGCAGCGCAGGCAGAGCACGAGGACGACCUGCCAGAGAACCUAAGCGAGAUCACUGACCUCUGGAACAGCCCUGCCCGCACCCAUGGGACCUUCGGGAGAGAGCCCUCCGCGGCCAAGCCUGAGGAUGACCGCUACCUGCGGGCAGCCAUCCAGGAGUACGACAACAUUGCCAAGCUGGGGCAGAUCAUGCGGGAGGGACCCAUCAAGCUGAUCCAGAAGGAGCUGGAGGAGGAGGAGGAGCACAGCCCCAGCCCGGGCAGCCUCCGCUUCCGACACAAGCAGCCGGUGGAGCUGAAAGGUCCUGAUGGCAUCCAUGUAGUGCACGGCAGCACGGGCACGCUGCUCGCCUCCGACCUCAACAGCCUGCCUGAGGAUGACCAGAAGGUGCUGGGUCGCUCGCUGGAGACUCUGACCGCUGACUGCGGGGGCUACAGCGACCACAACGCCCGCACCGAGUCGGCCAAAUCCACUCCCCUGCACAAGAUGCGGGAGGUGAUCAUGGAGAGCCCUCUGGAGAUCACCGAGUUAUGA